AUGGUCAUCGACAAACAGGCUUUACCGGACGAUCCCACACCAAGUGAUGCGCCCCCUUCCUAUGAUACAGUUACCGCAGGACCUAGCUCCCAACCUCUCCAAGAUACGAAGCGGAGCUUCUCUGAUUCGUUGAGCCCAUCUACUUCAUCACAUCUGUCUGAUAUUCCCCCACCAGUUCCCCCUAAAACCCCAACGACACCGAUCUCACCAUCAACCAGCGCGAAGGGAAAGGCACGGGCGACGGGCUGGUUUGCUUUUGCAACAGAGGCCAGGACGAGAAGCGAGGUCAGGAACACAGUCCUAGGCCUCGUAAGAGAUCUUAUCCAAGAGCACAUAACUAACUCUGAAGCAGCCACCGGCAUUCUUCAAAGCUGUGCAGAAGCCUGUGCAACGCAUUCCCUCUCGCUUUCUUCCAUCUUGCAGAAAAAGUCGAUAGAGAACCAUACACCUUUGUACUGGGCAAUAGUCAAGAGACCACCGGAUGAGCAACAGGCGAAGGAAGAUAUGCAAUGUCCUGACCUUCUCACCGCCCUAAUAUCCUAUGCAAGCCCUCUGAAUGAGGCAACUGUGACCGAAGUACGCCUGGCUUGCCUUGCUACGUCUGACCAGGCUCUGUUUCAACGCUUGAGACAGUCGCCAGAGUUUGCGCCGGUGUCUGGGGCGGACCAAAUGCUUCUAGGAGUGUCAAUACCCCCAGAAGAAGUGGAGCUUGAAGAUAUUCCAGGAGAAGGGGGAGGCUCAUUUGCGGUCAAUUUCACGAUUCCCCAUUUUCAUAAACGCAUGGUCGUAUCAAAGCACAUCGAGGUGCAAUUUAUCGCUAGAAGUAGGAUGUGGCAACUCACUUUUUUCGUUGCCUCGGAACCACGGCGUAAUAGAGCUGCUUAUGCGCCGCGUGUUGGCUCGUGGUGUAUAGCCCUCUCAUUGAUUGAAUCCAGCCCUCCGACAUACGUUCAAGCUAGACUGUUAAUCCCAGAAGCCAAACCGCCACCCACGGAAGUGCAAACUCCGGAUCCACUGGGACCAUCAACAAAUGAUACCUCACCUUCCUCUUUCUUUCGCUUUCCCAGUCUGUCUCUUUCACCCAAUCCCACACCUGAGCUUCAUUCCAAAAAUACGAUUUCAAUUGUUCUAAACUCAAAUGAGCAGCUGGAAGCUGCAACAGGGACAAGGAGAAGACAUGCGGGGAAGAGUAUUGUCGUCUCAUUGGAAGAGAGUACGUUAGGUGUUAACCUGCAGUACGGAAAUAACGCGUACAUCGGUCCGGACGAAAAGCUUAGAGGUCGGCUGGAGGCUCGUCUUGGGAAAUCGGAAGCUGACUGUAUACUGCUACUAAUGUAUUCACGACCAAGGCGGAUCGACGCCCAAGGAAAAUAA